AUGACUAGGCCAGAUAUCUCAUUUAGUGUUCAAACACUAAGUCAAUUUCUCCAAAGACCAAGGAAGUCUCACAUGGAAGCAGCUCUAAGAGUUGUCAAAUACAUCAAAAACAACCCGGGACAAGGUAUUCUACUUUCAAGCAAAUUAAACAAUACUAUCUCAGCAUUCUGUGAUGCAGAUUUGGCAGCUUGUCCUUUUUCGAGAAAGUCUGUUUCAGGUUACCUAGUUAAGUUUGGAGACUCUCUAAUAUCAUGGAAGUCCAAGAAACAAACUAUUAUUUCUAGAAGCUCCGCAGAAGCUGAGUAUAGAAGCCUUGCAACAACUGUUGCAGAGCUCAUUUGGUUGAUUGGUCUGUUAAAAGAAGUGGAAGUUGAGGUCAAAUUACCAGUUGAAGUGUUUAGUGACAGCACAGCUGCAACUCAGAUUGCAGCAAAUCCUGUUUAUCACUAA